UCACCCACAGCCCUUCAUCCACUGCUCCUGUUCCCAUCCCAGCAGCGAACAAGCCUCCCAGCACAGGAUGUCCUACUCCAGCGAGUCCUGCGGCGUGAGCUGCCCCCAGCCCAUCGCGGAGAGCUCCAACGAGCCAUGUGUGCAGCAGUGCCCUGACUCCAGAGCCCUGAUCCUGCCCCCGCCGGUGGUGGUGACCAUCCCGGGCCCCGUGCUCAGCAGCUUCCCUCAGGAGAGCGUUGUGGGAUCGUCUGGCCCAGCCUGGCUGGGGCGUUCCUUCAGUUCCCGCAGCUCCCAGGGCUACGGGGGCUCCUUUGGGCUGGGAGGUUCUGGGGGUUCUGGGGGCUCCCUGGCCUUGGGGGGCUCCUCUGGCUAUGGGGGCUCCUUUGGGUCAGGAGGUUAUGGGGGCUCCCAGGGCAAUUGGGGCUCCUUUGGGUGGGGACCUUAUGGAGGUUCCCAGGGCUAUGGGGGCUCCUUUGGGUUGGGGGGCUCCCGGGGCUAUGGGGGCUCCUUUGGCCUGGGAAGCUGUGGGGGCUAUGGGGGCUCCCAGGGCUAUGGGGGUUUCUCAGGCUAUGGGGGCUCCCUGGGGGGCUAUGGCGGCUCCCGGGGCUAUGGGGGUUCCUUUGGCCUGGGAAGCUGUAGGGGCUAUGGGGGCUCCCAGGGCUAUGGGGGUUCCCUUGGCUACGGCCGUUCCCUGGGUUAUGGAGGUGACAUUGGCUAUGGGGGCUCCCUGGGGGGCUAUGGGGGCUCCUUUGGCAAUUGCGGGAGGUCCUACAGCUCUGGUUUCUCCUCGCGGGGCCUGGGCUAUUCCCUGCCUGGCUCCCAGAGAUGGGGCAGGUCCCGCCGCGGGAGCUGUGGGGUUUUCUAA